CUUUUGUGUGAUAAGUUGAUCGACGCUUAUUUGGAAUUAGGAAACGCAAGUGAGGAAGAUGGCAUCUGGCAAAAUUCGAUCCACGCGCCGACUGCGGGCCUGGAUGGUGGAACAGGUGAACAGUGGAAAGUAUCCUGGUUUAAUAUGGGAUAAUACAGAGAAGACUAUGUUUCGCAUUCCCUGGAAACAUGCUGGCAAACAAGACUUUCGCAGUGAAGAGGAUGCUGCAAUAUUCAAGGCCUGGGCAGAGUUUAAAGGGAAGCUGUCAGAGGAUGGGCGUUCUGAUCCCGCCUCCUGGAAGACCCGUCUCCGCUGUGCACUGAACAAGAGCCCUGAAUUCAGUGAGGUCACAGAGAGGUCACAGUUGGAUAUAUCCGAACCAUAUAAAGUGUACAGGCUUGUACCAAUGGCAGAACAGGGUGUGGCUGAAAUGAAGAGACAGGGCAGAGAGAGAACCGUGAAAAACAAAAAGAGGAUGAAGAGGUACAGCAGUGAAUCAGAAAGUGAGGAAGAUGUCCCUGCAAAGCAGAUCAAAGAGGAAAUUACUGCCGUUCAGCCAAUCACUAUGUCUGUACAGGAAGUUGACACCAACACUGCAAAUGAGAUCAGUUUACAUCCUGAAGAGCUGACAGACUCCAUAGUCACCUUAAAGAGCGAUGGGGUUAUCAAUGAGAUCCAGUUGAACUUCACGAUUGAGACCAUCCCUCCCUCUGCAGCUACUAGAGAGCUUCACUCUUUCCUUGUCACAGUACACUAUGUGGGGCAGGAGGUUUUGCGACGGGAGAUUGUGGGUAGUGACUUCAGAAUAGCCUUUCAGCCAUGCUCCCCGUUGCCACCGUCUCCGCCUUCACUUAAUGGGACCGUAUUCCACCGGAUACCUCUUCCCGAACCCCCUGCUGAGAUGACGUCAAACCCAGACCUGGGCCCUCGUCUGCAGGCCAUCUCCACACUCCUGCCAUUCAUGGAAAAAGGAGUGGCCCUAACUUCCACAGGAUCAGGAAUCUAUGCCAAACGCUUCUGCCAGGGAAGGGUGUUCUGGAGGGGUCCACACACCACCAAAGCCGGGCCACACAAGUUAGAGAGAGCUGGGGAACCCACAAUGCUCUUUAACAGAGAAACCUUCAAACAAGAGCUGGAGAGUUUCCGUACCACUGGAAUUGCACCACCUCAGUCUAGCUUUACUAUGUGUUUUGGAGAGGAGCUUCACGACACAGAUGACCCUUCUGAUAAGCACAUCAUAAUAAAGAUCUCUCUUCCCUGGGCUGAAAAGCAGACAGAAGAUGCACAAGUCUUCAGAAACUCCAUAAAUUUACUCCAUAACCUGGCCAGCAGCUCACCAAAUGGAGAGGUCACUCUCAACCUUGUCCCAGUGCCCUGAAUUCUCUGCAUUCCAAAUGGACUUUGGAACAUGUUAUCCUGAAAUCAAAUCAAAACUCUCAAAAUUAACCAUCGCCUAAACCUAGCAUGGUCCUGACCAAGUCAAGGAGGGGCCAACAGACCAUAGUACAAGCACCACGUUAAGACCUUUGGAUUCAUCACAAACUUUAAACUGCCUGGAAUCCACUAGUGUCCUGUGAUAAUGUCACAGUGUGCAUUUUUUUUUUAUUACUUGAAGUUCAAAGUGCAGUCACCAUAGCGACAGGAAGUCAGCAGUGGACAUAACAGACUGUACUGGGGGCCUUUACAUGUAAUCUGUGCUGAUAAUGUGCUAUUUUUACAGUAUCUUUUCUGUAUGGUUUGGGAAUAGGAUGACUAAAAGAAUUAGAUUCCAUCUACAAGUGUUAAAAAAAAAAAACACUACCCUAUACAGGACAACAGUGAACACCACUUAAUGCAUUGUCACUUGAGACUGGCACAGGGCAGGCUGCAAUUCCCUCACAGUGGCAGAUAUGAUUUUCACUGCCACCAAUGUGUAGAGAGUGGCUCCCCAAAUUAUCUUUUGAUGCAAUAUAUCUGUAUAUAAUUUAGUUUUCGUUUGUCUUGUAGUGAACAUAUUUGAAUACUAAGUAGAGAAUAGGUGUCAUACCUAUAAAAAUACACUUAAUCAAUGUGAUAAACCUUAUCAGUAGAUGCAGUUAAAUAAACAGUAAUA